UUCUCCCACCAAACCCCCAUCCGAAACCAAAAAAUGCAUCAAGACUUUAACUUCCAAACUCGGUGCUUGACUCAGCCGCCUCAUGCCACAGCCGCCACUCGCUGGACUCGCGAGGAAGACAAGAUUUUUGAACAGGCUCUAACUAUUUUCCCUGAGAACUUGCCAGAUCGGUGGCAGAGCAUUGCAAACCAUAUCAGAAAAUCAGCGUGGGAAGUGAAAGAACAUUAUGAUAUCUUGGUUCACGACGUUCUUGCAAUAGAUUCGGGCCGUGUUGAAUUGCCAACUUAUAGGGACGAUGAAUCUGUGAGUUGGGAAUCCAGCGGCGGCGACGACGGCGGGAUGGUCGCUGCGGGUGCGCCGCCGUCUGGUCAGAUUUGUUUUGGUGGCAAAGGAAAGCAAGAUACGGAACGGAAGAAAGGCACACCAUGGACUGAGGAUGAACACAAGCUGUUUUUGGUUGGAUUGAAUAAAUUUGGCAAGGGUGAUUGGAGGAGCAUCUCAAGGAAUGUGGUCAUUACCAGAACACCAACACAAGUAGCUAGCCAUGCACAGAAGUACUUCCUCCGCCAGAAUUCGGUGAAGAAAGAGAGGAAGAGAUCUAGCAUUCAUGACAUUACCUCAGUGGAUAACAACACUGUUGGUCCUUCAGCUGAUGAUUAUUGGAACUCUCCGCCUGGCCCUCCAGCUAAUCAAGACGGGCCACCGGGUUUGGGUUAUCAAAACUUUAGAUUUCAAAUGUAAAAAUGGUUAAUUAGUGUAAACAUCAUUGUACUACCCGCGUCUCUCAUUCAAUCAAAUCUGUUAUUGUUUAGGUUAUUGGUGUUUCGUCGCUAUAGUCUAUUGGUGUUCAUUUUAGCUGUAGGCAGAUGCUGUAUAAACAUAAAUUCAGAGUUAUUAAAAUUUUCUGUUCCUAUUGUCAA